CCCUCUUUAUUUCCUUACCAAAUCCUCUUCUUCAUCUUGAUCUCACCUCUGUCUCAAAUGGUACUAUUGAUUCAGAAGAUCAACAAGCUCUAUUCUAAGCUGGAGAAUCACUACCAUCAUCACAAGCAGCAGCAGCGGGAUGAUCCGCCGCCGCCAGAGGCGUUACGGACCGCUCUCCAGUCUUUCCGAUCACAAGUCUCCAGCUCUUUCACCAAAUUGCUGCUAACCCCAAAACCAGGGCUCGAAAUCUCCCUUCAAUGGGUUCACAACUGUUUCGAGUUGUUACCUGUGGUCAACAAGGCCUUCGCCAAGCUGGUGAUGGAUCUGGACCAUCCCAUGAGCAAAUGGGCACAAGGAUCCGUCCGCGAAUACCUUAACCAGAGCUUGAGCCUGCUGGACCUCCUCAAUUCCAUCAGCUCGUCACUAUCCUCAUUGGGUCAGUCCCGGCUCUCUUUCGCUCACGCUCUGGCUCUCAUCGACGGCUCGCCUUCUUCGGCCCUGGAUCGGCUCAAGACAACCCAGCUGUCGAGUUCGUGCAACAAGGUCACAUAUCGCGAGGAAAAUGGGGAUGUAGAUGGAAAAGUUGCAUCUUUGUGCGAGAGAGAGGCGAUAAUCCACGAAGCCCUGAUGGAGAUGAAGACCGUUGGCUUCUGGGUUACUUCCAUCCUUGUUGCUUGUUUGAGUGGAGAUGCUAAAGCUUACCUGGAAACCAGGAGGCCGAUUUCCGUGGCUGUUUUGGCAAGCGUUGACUCGGUUGUAUCGGGGAUCGCCAUGGAGAAAGGGAUCGUCGCGAAAGAGGUUAGGGAUCUCAAAGAGUCGGCUGUUAAAGUUGCAGCUGAGAUUUCAUCGAACAGGGGAGGAUGUGGAGUGGCAGCAGAGGAGAUGGAGAGGAAGCUUGAGGUGUUUGAGAAGCUGCUUGAUGGGUUGAGAAAGGAUGUGGAUCGGCUUUUCUCUGAAAUCUUGGUUGGAAGGAAUGAACUGCUUCGCCGUUUUCGUCAUGGGGAGCAGUAUUAGUUGGGUUUGAAUUUAGGAUCAAUUACAUAGUUAGACUCAUCUGCUUAGGUUUUUUAAUAACUUCUUCGUUUGCAAAUUGUUUGUACAGAAUUUUGUGUGUUACAUUACAUAAUUAGACUUAUUUGUAAAUGGGAUCGACAGUGUAUGCAUGUAUCUGUAAUAUAAUUGGUUUGUUGCU